AUCUAAAACCAUUAAACAUUUUGUGACAGGCUACAUAUGCAUGAACAUAUUUUCGUGAUAUACAUAUAUUAAUUAUGCGGCUCUGGAAUUCCACAAAAAACAUCUAUUUUUACAACAGAGUUACCAAAACUUGCCAAAACCAAAGAAGAAGAAUAGGAUAACCUAAACCGAAGCAUUCAUAUAACCAUACUUUUUUAUUAUUUUAUUUAUUUUUAAAAAAUCAUGUCUAAUAGUUCUUUUAAUCGAAUUCCUGGGUUUUGCCCUGACUGUGGCUCAAUUUUACCUCCUUUGCAGGCUAAAGGUGGUGUUACGUGUUAUGCCUGUGCUAGGGUAUUUGUAGAAGAUGCAGAAGAAGUAUUUGGUAAUUCGAAGGUCCAGUACACAAUAACCUUUAAUUCCCGAGAAGCUAAAAAGAAGAACCUUAAAGAAGACAAGAGACAAAAAGAAAAUAAUGAUGAUGACGAGGGUCCAGUGGUAGAUAGAAAAUGUCCAAAAUGUGGCAAUGACAAAAUGUCCUACGCAACUUUACAAUUGCGAUCAGCAGAUGAAGGUCAAACAGUUUUUUAUACAUGUACAAAAUGUAAAUAUAAAGAAAGUGAAAAUUCUUGAUGUAAUGUUUAUAUGUUUUGUUAUUGUAUGUUAAAUAAUGUUUAAUAUAAAGUAAAUAUUUUUGUAUCUUUAA